CAAGUAAUUCCCCGAAACUCGAUUUGCCUUAGCUAUGAAGACCAUGAUGAUGUGGACCCGGAUAUGGUCGCGAUCUCCUUUCGAUUUAUAGAAGCCGAUUUUUCUUCCUGUUUCACCGAUAUACUUCUGCUCACAGUUGCCGCAUUUGAUGCGAUAAACUCCCGAGCAUUCAGUAACGGUCGUAAUUGUUGGCUAAAUUGUGAUGAUGACAGGUCCUACUCUGUAAAUGAUCAUGCAUACAAUGGACUCCGGACUAGCACCGGUCUAUCCAACAUCAUCUCCUCUUCUGUUUCAGCCUCCUCUGUCGCAACUGUGGCUGCAACUACUGGCCGAGCUCUUGGACCAGGCCUCACAUUUUCUGGCCCAUUGCGUCACUCGAGUGGUUCUCUUUUGCUGGUUAACUCAUCUCCAGCCCCCAACACUGGCACCUCCGCAGCCUUGCCGACCGCUAUUGGUCUUCCGACGCCUGGUUUGGUAGCAGCUCCAGCUUCAGGUUCUGGCUCAACCUCUUGCCUCGGCCUAACGAGUGGUAGUAAGCCUGCUACUGUGCCCAGUGGACCUGGUAAUGGUUCCGUUGGGGAAACUGGCCCAAUCGGCCAUCAUCAUCAUCAGCUUGUGCAACCACAACAGCCAGCAGCCGCUUCUCCUCUGCACUCAGGAGCAGUUAGUUCGACGCUCGGGAUAUCAGCUGUACCAAAGGCUUUGGCGACCACUCACAGUCUCGCUUCCCUUGCCUCCAGCCUGGCCGCACCGUUAGCGGCAUCUGCUACUGCAAGCUGCAACAAUUUUCCCGUCGAUGAAUCUAACUUAACUAGUGCUGACACCUCUUGCCCGUUGAGCCAGCCGAGUUUGUUGGGUGUUUUGCCCUCACUUGAACCCGUGAUGCCAAUUAGAUCCGGCGUACUUAGUCAUGCGGGUAGAUCAAGCCAUUCCUCCGGCCAGAGAGAGCCGCAGGCUAAUCUGCCGCAGCUUGGUACAGCUGUAUCACAAGUUCAUGCUCACACUCAUCGUCAUCAUCGACCUCAUCAUAGUCACCAGCAUCAUAACCAGCACCAGCCACAGCAUCAUCCGGUCGUCUCUGGCUUCUCGGCUCCACCAGCUUCCAUGCCCGUAAGUCAAGAGUAA